GUUAGGAAGAGAAACAGCAGCAUGUAAAAUCCUUCUUUGCAAACCACUCUGGUCAUUGCAUUUAGUUAGUUAUAUGCAACAAUUCUUUUCUUUCCCGCACGAUGAGGGUUGCUUGCGGAUUUGUCACAAUCCUAGUCAUUCUUCACUUAGGCAACCCCUGCACAGACAGGAAGUACGAAAAUUUUGGCCACGACCACACGAUGUGUAUGGAGCCAAAGAAAUGCAACGCCAACAAAAAGCUAAUUGAAAUAAAUUACAUCUUAACUGCUCACGAGCGGGCGGCUCUCCUGGACAUUCACAAUAAGCUGCGGGCGCUGGUUGCCUUUGGUCGUAUUCCUGGCCACCCACCAGCCAGAAACAUGCAACAGCUGACUUGGGACGAUGAAUUGGCGAGUGUGGCACAGCGCUGGGCCGAACAGUGCAUGUUUGAGCAUGACAAGAACAGGCGCGUCGAAAGAUUCCGAGUGGGUCAAAAUUUGGCAUUUAGUUGGCAAUCCCCACCUAACCGCGACAAGUCAGCCGAUGUGAUUAAUUCUACAAUCGCAAUGUUCAACGAGGUGAACAAACCGGGGUUUCCAUCGGCCUAUAUUGGAAAGUUCCAACCCGUCCCUAAGACGGGCCACUAUACGCAGAUUGUCUGGGCUGAGAGCACACUGAUUGGAUGCGGUCACGCCAUUUACUCAGAAACUAAAAAAAAUAUUCCAGGCGAAACAAAACUUCUUGUCUGCAACUUUGGCCGCGCAGGAAACAUGAUUGGUGCGGAGGUCUACAAAACUGGGAUGCCUGAAUGCGAAGUGCCAUCGAACCACUAUACUGGUCUGUGUACAACUAAGGAUGUCAAUACAAAAUUUGAGGAUCCUUGUGACAAACGAGAGUUCAAUGCUCUUUACCCAGCUCUGUGCGACAACGACUUGUUUGAAGCAUUAGGAAUUUAUGGAAUAACACCCUCUAUGAAUAAAUGGCUUCUAGGAAGUAUAUUAUUUAUCUCUGCUGCUGGCUUCCUCGGCCUGCUGUAUUUCACAUACUGUACGUGGCCAAGGCUGAAAUUAUGCAAGAGGACCUAAUUAUAGUCUAGUCAAAAACUGAUGUUUAGACCAAUUUGCUUUGUUAAAUUUCUGGAAAAAAAGGAACAUUUUUGCAGAGCAUCAAUGUACACCAAACUAAUUAGUGAUUUUUAAUUAAUUUGAGAUAUAAAUAAUAAAA